GCUGCGCAAUGAUCGAGGGUGAGCUUGUAAGCCCGAUCUGGAACAAUGGGUGUGUAGCGACCGAGGAGAAACGAACAGUUAAAGAAAAGCAAAUCCUAGACUUCUUUGAUUUUAUUUUUUAAGAAUAACAAUGUCUAGGCGCGUCAGACCCGGCUAUUAUCGCCAAGAAGUCAACAAAACCUCAUGGGAAGUACCGGAGCGAUACCGAGAUCUGAAGCAGGUGGGAACCGGAGCGUACGGGACGGUCUGCUCAGCAGUGGACGCCAGAACAGGGACCAAAGUAGCCAUCAAGAAGCUGUACCGGCCUUUCCAGUCUGAGCUCUUUGCCAAGCGUUCCUACAGGGAACUGAGGCUACUUAAACACAUAAAACAUGAAAAUGUGAUUGGCCUAUUAGAUGUGUUCACAGCUGACCUCUCUCUGGACAGAUUCCAUGAUUUUUAUCUGGUGAUGCCGUUCAUGGGGACAGAUCUGGGGAAGCUGAUGAAGCUACAGAGGCUGUCAGAAGAAAAAAUUCAGUAUUUGGUUUAUCAGAUGCUCAAAGGGCUUAAGUAUAUUCAUUCUGCUGGUAUAAUUCAUAGGGACCUCAAACCAGGAAAUCUUGCCAUCAAUCAAGACUGUGAGCUCAAGAUCUUGGACUUCGGUUUGGCGCGGCAGGCAGACAGUGAGAUGACCGGGUAUGUGGUGACUCGAUGGUACAGAGCCCCAGAGGUCAUCCUGAGCUGGAUGCACUACACUCAAACUGUGGAUAUUUGGUCUGUGGGCUGCAUUAUGGCGGAGAUGCUGCAAGGAAAACCUCUCUUCAAAGGCAGCGACCACCUUGAUCAGCUGACCGAGAUCAUGAAGAUUACAGGAACACCAACUCAGGAAUUUGUAUCAAAACUAGAAUCUGAGGAUGCCAAAGGCUACAUAAAAAGUCUUCCAAAAGUGGAAAAGAAAGACCUACAAAAUGUCUUUUCCACAACUAACCAACAAGCUGUGUCUGUGCUGGAGCGUAUGUUAUUGCUGGAUCCAGAUAACAGGGUUACGGCUUCAGAAGCUCUCUCGCUGCCUUACUUCACGGAGUUCAGAGAACCUGAUGAGGAAACAGAAGCACAGCUGUACGACCACUCGCUAGACAACACAGACCUCCCCCUGGACCAGUGGAAACGUCACACCUUCACAGAGAUCUUAACCUUCAGGCCUGUAUUGCCAGAAUCCAAGGAAACCUCUCUGUAAGACACAAAGAAUUGGCUGUGCAAACUGGGACCAGAACAAACUAACAUUUUAUCUUUUUGCCUGUGGGACCUGUUCACAAUUCUCUUAGAAGUGGGAGCUGACAUCUUUUUGACUUCCCACUUGACUCUUUCAAUGUCAUGUCGGUCCAGUAGUUUGCUUCCACAGUCUAGUUAGUAUUAGACCUUUUCAUCUCUUCUCUCUGUGCGGCGGAUGGUAUACUAUACUUUGAUAAGUAACUAAGUAUUCAAGUCAUUACGUUAUUACUUGAGUUACUUAUCCAAGUGCAGUUUAAUUUACAAUGCAAUUUUGUUAAGAGUGGUACGUGCAGUGUGAGUUCUUUACUAAAAACAUUACUCCCAACCAGCCUGUAUGAAAUACAAAUCAAGAAAUGACAGCGUGACUGUGGGAAAACAUAUUU